AUGGCCCAGUCAUAUCCUCUUCUUUUUCUUUGGCUUCUUCUCUUAUCAGCUAUAUCUAGCACAGCGAUUCCACUCCGAACAGGGAUCUUCACCCCUGCUAAGGCUGGUAGUGUGACAACAAGAGCCGAUAAGGUGCCUCUGAGAAUUCUCCCGCUCGGCGCCUCGAUUACUUGGGGGGUAAACUCUGCUUCUGGAAAUGGUUACCGGGCGCCUUUACGGGAUCAACUCACCUCGGCCGGCUGGAAAGUCGAUAUGGUCGGAACGAAACAACACGGUAGCAUGACAGACAAUGAUGUCGAGGCGCACUCUGGCGAUACGAUCGAUCAGGUCACGAAAGCGGCCCAGGGAUCUCUCAAAUAUAAGCCGAAUGUGGUUUUGAUCAAUGCGGGAACCAACGACUGCAGACUCAACAUUAGCAUCUCAGAUGCUAGUGAUCGUAUGCGAUCCCUUAUUGAGAGCUUUCUGGAAGCUGAGGACACACAAGACACAACGAUUGUCUUGUCCACCUUAAUACCCUCUGUACAGAAAAAGAUUGAGGCCAACCGUCCUGACGUCAAUCGCCAAUACCGCUCUUUGGCCAACAGCAUGCAAAAAGAGGGUGUCCGUAUCGUUUUGGCCGAUAUGGACCCUGAGACAGACGAUGAUAACAACCAGCUGUCGUACCCCGAGGAUUAUACCACGGAUGGAGUCGCAAACGACACCCACCCAAAUGAGCAAGGCUAUGCAAAGAUGGCGAAUGUUUGGUAUAAGGCAAUCUUGGAAGCAUCCGAUAGAGGCUUUAUUCAAUAG